AUGGAAGCACCAUCGAACGUGGUUCGAGUCGGCCCCGACCGUCAGUCUGCCCAGGUAGCGCUGAGCGAAACGCUGAACGCAGAGCCUCGAGAGGCGUGCCUCGGCUUUCUCGCCCAAACCUGGCGAUAUCGCACAGCGACAGCUUCGAGAUCCACCUGGUUCGUGUCUUCUCGAUUUCGUAAUGCCCUGCCACAGCCAAGCCGGACUGCACCGAAUCGGGGCUUGAAGCGGCGUACUGUGCCAGUAGCGCGUGCCUCGCCAAGCGAGCGCUCUCCUGCACACGCGGACAGUGGUGGUACCGCGUACCCUCGGGUGGGAGCGCCACAACCAGCGAAUCGCCCAAACUGGUUUCGAGUGCCUGCUGUUGGAGCACUCCGUCCGGACUCACGCUUUCUUCGUCUGCGGGAGAGUCUCCGAGCGAGAAAACUGUCCACAGUUUGCGAGGAGGCCCAAUGCCCCAAUAUCGGGGAAUGUUGGAACGGGGAGCACGCCACCGCUACCAUCAUGCUGCUCGGAGAUACUUGUACUCGAGGGUGCCGAUUCUGUGCUGUGAAAACUGCAGCUCGACCAGGACCACCAGAUCCUGAGGAGCCCAUGAAUGUGGCUGCAGAGGUUGCGAGUUGGGAUAUUGACUACGUUGUUCUCACAAGCGUCGAUCGUGAUGAUUUACCGGAUGGGGGCGCAGCGCACUUUGCGCGCACGGUCCAGUAUUUGAAGCAGUUGCGUCCACAGUCUACUAGGGUUUCUUCUGAUCAGGAUGCACAGCAGAUGCCUCCGACGAAGCGGCCACUCUUCGUGGAGUGUCUCGUUUCCGACUUUGCCGGCAACACUGAUGCCGUUCGCUGUCUGGCAACCUCUGGACUCGAUGUGUAUGCACAUAAUCUUGAGACUGUGGAGCGCUUGCAGCAAUACGUUCGGGAUCCGCGAGCAAACUAUGCACAAUCCCUCUUCGUGCUGCGGCUAGCGAAGGAGUUCAAUCCGCAACUGGUGACCAAGUCAUCUUUGAUGCUAGGUCUCGGUGAAACGCCACAGGAAGUCCUGCAAGCUAUGCGGGACUUGCGUGAUCACCAAGUUGAUGUUGUGACGUUUGGGCAGUACCUUCGUCCGACUCCGCAUCACCUGUCCGUUGUCGAAUGGAUUCAUCCGGACCAGUUUGCCACGUACAGAAAACUCGGGGAGGAGAUGGGUUUUCUCUACGUGGCCUCAGGGCCCCUGGUGCGCAGCAGCUACCGAGCUGGUGAAUACAUGAUGACGCGGCUCGUCGAGCAACGUCAGCAGUUCGCGACUCCGACCUGA